AUCAUCGCCGUUUCAGAUCUACUCCUCCUUCGUCUCCGCCGUUAUGGCUAAACCUUCUCUCCCCAUCCUCCUCCCCCUCCUCCUCCUCCUCCUCCCUCUCCCCAACUCACCCAAACCCUAACCCACCUCUGAUGGCCCCUUAUCCGUCGCGACCACCAAACCCACCCCUUCGCUUCUCCGUCAAUUGCAUCGUCUCCUGUCUCCUUAACUUCAGAUCUGGUUACAUCUACUACGGAGGAUUCUGUUUCUAAGAUCUCAGAUGCAGCCAUGGGUCUGAGAGAGGUGGCUCGGGCAAUUUUUGGGGAGUGAAGCGAGUUAAGAGGGUUGAGAUGACGAGUACAGGUUCUCGUUCCGGCGUCGGUGAAGCUGUUCUUAAAUCAUUCAUCACGAUCAGAUUACGAAGACUGGUUUUGUUUCUCUCUGUAAGUGAAGAUGUUUCCAACUAGAUCUUACUUCUGCAUCUUUAGUUCCGCCUCUUUGUACUAUAGGUCAACCAAGGUGGCAUCUAAUCACCAUUGGUUGGAGUAUACUAACAAUUGUUAGUCAAAAAAAUCUAACCUCUUGUGAUGUCGUUCUCUUUCUGAGGUAAUCAUAAGGUUUCAUUUUAACUGAAAUAGAUUGAUAGUGUUUCCCUCUGCUUUUGAUUGUUUGAAACUCGUGAUCCGAAUGUUACAUUUGUUACUAAUAUCAGCGUUUGUAGAGAUGAAUAUGGAGAGCUGAGAUUAGGAAUAAGAAGAGCAGCAAGUUCAAGAAAUGGACUACCUGACUAAAUCAUUGAGAAGAACUCAUGUUCGAGCAUUCGGUCUCUUGUGGCUAAUGACUGUAUCUACAAAAAGCAUGUUUCAUGUGUUUUACAGUCCACGAGCGACGCAUGCAGAGUUUGUGAUUCCUUAUGAGAAGUAUAUCACAAGCAUCAGGAAUCCCAUUUGCAUAGGCACAAGAUUCAUAAUGCGAUUUGAAAUGAACGACUCUCCUGAGAGAAGAUGCGCUGGUGUAGUGGCUGGAGUCUAUGACUUGGACCCAUAUAGGUGGCCAAACUCUAAAUGGAGGUGCUUGUUGGUGCGAUGGGAUGAGUCUUGUGAGUGAUCAUCAAGAAAGAGUUUCACUUUGGGAGAUUGAUCCCUCGGUUUCUCUCCCACACUUAAGCAUUCAGUCAUCUCCAAGGCCUUGGGAGAUUGAUCCCUCGGUUUCUCUCCCACACUCUCAUAAAGCGUUAUGCUUAGCAUUGUUGUUUAGGAGUUAUUUAAGAUUUGGUUUGGAUUAGAGUUUGUAAGACUUGUUAUGUUUAAUUUCUAUGGAAUAAAUAUAUUUAAUAUAAUUGUUAACCAAAUUUAAUUUA